AUGUCUCCCGAUCAGGAUCCGACGCGGAUCUCACCUCUCUUUCUCAAUACCCACACAUCUCCGUCAAAGUAUCUCCGAAAUCCGAAAUUGGCGACGACUGCUGCUUCAAUGGUCUUCCAUCACGACUGCUGCUUUGAUUCUUUCCUUGCUGCCCUCCCGAUCUUCAUCUUCUCUGCUCUAGAGGCUUUUGCGUCUUCGCUUCGGCUAAGACAUAGGAUACCUGCAGAUGUGCUUGCUACACAUCCAUUGGUGUCAACAGCUCUCUCUAGCCUAACUUCUGACGUGCUUUCAGAGGAAGCUGUAAAUGUGAUUUCUGAAUUGAUACUCACAACUUACAUAUUCUUCAAGGGUGAUAAGCAAGUCUGA